AUGGGGGCUGCAGCUAUGUGGGCAGCGGUGAUGGGGGCAGCAGCUAUGUGGGCAGCAGCAAUGGGGGCAGCAGCAAUGGGGGAAGCAGCAAUGGGGGCAGCAGCAAUGGGGGCAGCAGCAGUGGGGACAAUUAGAGGUACAGCAGCAGGGGUAGGGGUGGUGGCAACCUGGGACUUCUGCCCUCGUCGGCGAGGAGGCAUGUUCAAGUCCAAUGUGUCGCACAAGCGAAGUAACAGGUCUAAGCACAGCAUCAUCAAUUGUGAUAUGAUGCAAGAGGAACAACAGAACAUACACCCAGGGACCAGGGCAGCACAACAUAAAAAGUUCCCCAUGCACCAUCCAGUAGGGUAUAUGAUAGAAGAUCUUCGUGAGGAUUCCAACCCAGUACCAAUGUCUAUGGUUGUCAGGUUGGGUGGUUUUCUUUCGAAAUGGGAGUCCGGCAGGCAGGUCCCCAUGCAUCAUCCAAUAGGCUGGCCAAUGGCCAUGAUGCUGAUUGGUGUUGAUGAGUAG